CUCAAUAGCCGCCGGAGCGAGCCCCCACUGCCCCUGAACCCUGCGUUGCCAUUUGUACAGAGCCAGCUUGCCAGCCAAGCGCCCAAGCCAUCCCUCUGAUCUCUGCGCAUCGGGGCUUGGGAUUUCUCGAAGCCAUAAAAGGGAGAGCUCCCCAAAAAGAAGCCUACCAACUCUCCAAGCAGCCGCAGUGCUAGCAGCAGUACAAGGGGCGGCGGAGUGGAGGGGAGGGAGGGAGAGGAGAAGAGGGGGGAAGAAAAGGAAACCACUCAACAAUGGCAGCCUCCUCGCGCUCCUCCGCGCCCUUCUUGCUCUGCUUUCUGCUGCUGCUCGCUCCCCCCAUCUCCGCCUCGUCCUUGUUCGACGGCGGCAAGUCGAAGUCCGCGGCGGCGGUCGAUAUGGAGUGGCGGCCGGCGACCGCGACGUGGUACGGCGACGCCGAAGGCGACGGCAGCACCGGUGGGGCGUGCGGGUAUGGUUCGCUGGUGGACGUGGUGCCGUUGAAGGCGCGGGUGGGAUCGGUGAGCCCCGUGCUGUUCAAGGACGGCGAGGGCUGCGGCGCCUGCUACAAGGUGAAGUGCCUCGACCACAGCAUCUGCUCCCGCCGCGCCGUCACGGUCAUCGUCACCGACGAGUGCCCCGGCGGGCUGUGCGCGUUCGGCCGCACGCACUUCGACCUCAGCGGCGCCGCCUUCAGCAGGAUGGCCGUUGCCGGCGCCGGCGGGCACCUGCGCGACCGGGGCCAGCUGUCGGUCGUGUACAGAAGGACGGCGUGCAAAUAUGGCGGGAAGAACAUAGCCUUCCGUGUAAACGAAGGCUCGACGAACUUCUGGCUCUCGCUGCUGGUCGAGUUCGAGGACGGCGAGGGCGACAUUGGAUCCAUGCAGAUAAAGCAGGCCAACUCGGUGGAGUGGCUGGACAUGAAGCACGUGUGGGGGGCCACGUGGUGCCUGGUGCGGGGCCCGCUCGUCGGGCCCUUCUCGGUGAGGCUGACGACGCUGUCGGCCCAGAAGACUCUGACAGCCCGGGAGGUCAUCCCCAGGAACUGGAAGCCCACGGCCACCUACACCUCGCGCCUCAACUUCGAGGCCUCCCUCUGAUUUUCCAGGUGGGUCCGCCGACCCAGGGCCAACGUUUUAUCGGCCCGCAAACUGACUUGUGGAUCCGCAAAGGCAGGCCCCACGUGUCAGUCAGUCUGUCAGUCAGGCAGGCAGGGGAGCCAGGCAUCCUAUCAAUUAUGCAACUUAUUACAGUUGGUCAGAUCAUUCAUGCUUAGAGUAGCUAAUUCGCUAUUUUGGUGAGUGUGUGUCAGUGUCUGUAGUGGUUGGUAAUUUGGGGAUCAGGAAUCAGGAGAUGGCCCAGGUGCAACAGGUAGCCGCCCUCUCCGAAGGAGAAGAGAGCGUUUGCUGCUUGCUUUGCUUCAAGGAUUUACCUGUAGGAGGGAUGGGCCGGUGAGGAAAGCUGAUUCGGCCCGAGGGUUUUGGAUCCCUCUUGGUCUCUGCUGCCUUCACACUCCUGAGCUCCCUGUAUUAUUUUCUUCUUCUUUCUUUUUUUUUUUGGUAUGUUCGUGUGUGUUUGCCCUGGUCGAAAAUGCAGGGUUCGUGAGUCCUGUCACCCUUGCGCCGUGUUUCUUGAUCCGGCUGAGAAUUGAUAUUUUUUCUUCAUGGGCCUUCGUUCGCGCGAAGAAUGAGUGACUGACAAGUGUGGAGUCGAUAUGGCUACUAACAACUCCACGUAACUAACGAGUUAACGACGCAACUGCAAUACCGAAGCACAUGGACAGAAUAGGUCCAGAGUCCCAACAAAGCAAAACAGAAAAGCCAAAGUCACGCGCCGUUCUUCAAGGAAGAAGCUUUCCAAUCCGCACGAAGGAGCGAGGAAAGUCACUCGCCGUUAAACACUGGCUGACAUACCGGACCCACGUAGCGAUCUCAGAUUCUCGUUAGUCCUUACAACGGCUGUUUAUUUAUGUGAACGAUUAGCAUCAUCUCUGCCAAAAUAUCUCCAUCCAUUCAAACCUCAGACGCCGGUACAACCUUGUUUUCCAAACUUUACAGAUCAGCACCGGCUACAGAUCGUGGUUUUAGGUCCACGCCCACGCGCACGGCUGGCGCUUAUAUAGCAUAGCCAUUGGCUCCUUGCCUCCUUCCUCCCCUCGAUCGCACGGCGAGUCGCCAAAAGAAACCAGUCGCAGCAAGAAAUCAGAUUGCUUUUGCGGAGAUCAGGCGGAGGAGGAGA